GUUUGUGUGUCAGGAGCGCACGAGCCUCUGCACUUCUGGUCAGCUCGGAGCUUUCCCUGGGACAUCCCUGGAAGAGUUAUCCCAACACACACACACCCCUAGAGAUGUGAUUGUGGUACAGCCCAGAGAAUUCCACGUUUAGAAGCCGAGGGAUCACUGUUUGCAGGAGCUGCUUUGGAGUUGGAUGUGCCCCAGCAGCAGCAGCGUCUGACCCCAGCCAGGCAAGGAAGGGGAGAUACAUCUCUAACUCCAGCCUGUGUCCAGAAGGAAGAGGAAAGGAACUGACACACAGGACCUUUCCAAACAGGACAGAAGAUGUCCUCAUCAGUGCAGCUCUUCCGAGAUCAGAGAUACCACGAGCUGAAAGGGCAGUGCCUCCAGCAGGGGAUCCUCUUUGAGGACCCCGAGUUUCCAGCCUCGGAUGAAUCCCUGUACUACGACUCAGCAGCAGCAGGGAAAGUGGAAUGGAAGCGGCCAAAGGACCUCUGUGAAGAUCCCCACCUGCUUGUGGACGGAAUGAGCUCCCACGACUUCCACCAGGGCAAGCUGGGGAACUGCUGGUUUGUGGCUGCGUGCUCCUGCCUGGCUUUGAAGAAGAGCCUCUGGCAGCAGGUGAUUCCAGACUACAGUGAGCAGGAGUGGGACCCCAAAAGCCCAAGGAAAUACGCUGGGAUUUUCCGUUUCCGCUUCUGGCGCUUUGGGGAGUGGACAGAGGUGGUGGUGGAUGAUCUGCUGCCCACAGAGAAUGGGAGGCUCAUCUACUGCCAUUCCAACGUGAGGAAUGAAUUCUGGAGUGCUCUGCUGGAGAAAGCUUAUGCUAAGCUGGCUGGAUCCUACCAAGCCCUGGAUGGAGGCUGUGCUGCAGAAGCCCUGGUGGAUUUCACUGGAGCAGUGGCAGAAUCCAUUAAUUUGGAAGAGGGCAAAUAUGGUGAGGUUAUUUCUGAGCAGAUGAAGCUGUUUGAAGACUUGAUGAAAGUGCAUAAAAGAGGAGGGUUCAUCAGCUGCUCCAUUUCGGAGUCCCCUGGGCGGCCCAGCGAGGCAGAGACAGCGAUGGGGCUGAUCGUGGGCCAUGCCUACUCUGUGACUGCCAUCAGGAAACUGCGCCUUGGGGAGACCAUGGUGCUCUCCUUCAAGGCAGAAAAGCUGUUCGUGAUCAGGCUGAGGAACCCCUGGGGCAAGAAAGAGUGGCACGGUGCUUGGAGUGACAGUUCCGAAGAGUGGAAGAAAGUCAGUGAUUCUGAGCGCAAGAAUUUGGGGCUCACUGUUGAGAAUGAUGGAGAGUUCUGGAUGACGUUUGAGGACUGGUGUAAGAAUUUCACAGAUGUGGACAUCUGCAGGACUGUGAACACCUCCUGCUUCAGCCUCCACAAGACCUGGGAGAAGGAAAUGAUGUAUGGGGCUUGGGCAAAGCAUCCAGAGCCCCUGCUGAACCGAUCUGGGGGCUGCUUUGAUAACAGAGACACCUUCCUGCAGAACCCCCAGUACCUCUUUGAUGUGAAGAAGGCCCAGGACAAAGUGCUGGUGUCCUUACAGCAGGAGGAUCGCCGCAAGUACAAGAAAGAAGGCAAAGGAGACAACAUCACCAUUGGCUUUGAAAUCCUCAAGGUGGAGGACAACAGGAGGUACAGGCUGCACAAGCUGACGGUGCAGGAGAGAGUGGCCACGUCUCCCUACUCCAACACUCGCAGCGUGUUCCUGAGGAGGACCCUGCAGCAAGGCCGCUACGUCCUGGUCCCCACCACCUACAUCCCAGGUGUCCCCACUAAAUUCAUCCUCAGGCUCUACACAGAUGUGCCCUCAAAACUCAGGGAGCUGAAGGAAGAUAGGCCUAAAAUGACGUGUUGGAGUCUUCUUUGUGGCUACCCACGCAGAGUCACCCAAAUCAAAGUCCAUUCUGCAGAGGGUUUGCAGAAACAGGACAGAUCAGGAGGGGCAGAUCCCUACGUGCUCAUCAAGUGUGAGAACCAGAGCCGGCGCUCCCCGGUGCAGCACGACACCACCAGCCCCGUGUUCAACACCCAGGUGAUCUUCUACAGGAAGGACAUCGACAGUCCUGUCACCAUCCAGGUGUGGAACAGCAACCUCCUGAGGGACCAGCUCCUGGGGCAGGCGGUGCUGGCAGCGUCCCCCGGCGAGCCCCGCCUGCAGCAGCGGCUGAAGCUGCGGGGCAGGGGCGGCGGGGAAGCGGCCGAGGUGCCGGGGCACAUCAGCGUCACCGUGCUGUGCAGCGAUGACCUCGGCGAGCUCUGAGCGCCGCGCAGCCACGCGGAGCUGCUGUCACCGCUGGGCAGCGCGGGGAGCGCAUCAGCAUAAUCGCUUUAAAGGGGGGAAAGAAAAGCCCUCCGUUGGGAAAGGGGGAAUGCAUAUUCAUACAUAUCUAUGAUACAGCUCAUGCAGUAGGAGAGCGUCGCAAUAUGACACAAAACAAAACUACGUGGACCAGCAAGGGAAGAAGAAGGGUGGUUUAUUUCUGGACUCUAACAUUUCUAGACUUUCAAAAGUGACAGUGCAUUGGAGGAUGAAAGUGCCACUUCUCCAAUGACACUGGACAAACCAACAGUCCAUCAGAUUUCUCCUCCUCCAGAGAGGAAUGUAAAAACAAUAAUUAUUUACAUAAAAGUGCGUGAGAAACUCCAUUACAAGAAUGUAAACAUCAGAAGGAUUAGAAGAAGUUAGAAGAACAGGGUGACAGGAGAGGGGCCAAAUGGAAUACUGAGGUAAGCUUGUGAGGAUGGGAGCAUCCUUGAGGAUGCAGGCAGGAAUGGCUGCAGCUCCUUCAGGCACCCACCAGCAGCUUGGGGACUGGCAAAUACAAGGGGGAUUCGUGGGGAUUUUUUUUCCAUAUCCUUCCCAUAAAAGGAUAUACAUUUCUUGAUGAAUUUCACUACAGAUUAGGUGUUUCUGUUCCUUGGUGAAAAUGUCACUACUUGAGGAGCUCAGUCAUAGCUCAUGGCCUUAAGACAGUCUUGCCAGGACAACACUAAAAUAGAGGGGCAGAUCUUGCAAUGCCUGCUUGAACACCACAGCAAAUACCAACUUUGUCCACCCAAAGGCUCUCAGAUUGACUUUGUGAUUGUUCUCUUCUCCACCUUGAGCUGAUGACUCACAGUUAUUUCUAUCCAAGGGCACCUCACAGUUCAGCUGGGGCUUUGCUCAGAGCACAGAUUCAGUAAUGGGAGCCUCUUUGCUUUGUUUAAGCCACAUAAUGCUAAAAAUGGGAUAACAGCCCUCUUGUUUUGGUGGGUGUAGCACCAGCCCAAAAGAGGAGAAAAUGAGCUCAUGAGAAAGGUGGGUUUGUAAAAGCAGGGUGCAGUUCCCUGGCACUUCUCAGGUCUCACUCUCAAAAUUUUGCAGUCAUUUCUUGCUGGCACGCUGAUGUUUGCUGGAGUUUCACUGGGGUACCAGGGAAGACGGGCGUUAUUUCACAUUUCCCUCACAGCAGGGGCCAGGUGCCAGCUCUCCCCUUCCCCUGCAGCCCUGGGCAGGGUUCCCUCAGCAGCUGUCUGGGGUGGGCACACUGGGCAGUGACCCUGGCAGUGCACGGGGCUCUGUGCCACACACUCAGAAAUGGAUUUUACACAGCUGCACAUUCUGGGUGGGAAAGUGAAGCUGAGGGACCAUUCUGCCUUUUUACAGCCAGGAAAUUUGGAUUUCUAAGCUGAAGGACCAUUCUGCCUUUUCACAGCCAGGAAAUUCGGAUUUCUAUGUGCCUCGUAGCCACUUCAGCCACACUGUGCGAUUUUUACAGUUUAUGAAAUGGCCCUUGACAGAGCUAAUGUUUUCACAAAAGGUCUCCUCAGGGCUCCAAAAGGAUCAUUGCUGUGGUAGGAAAAUGCUUUCUUUGAUGUGCCAGAAAUGGUCUGUGGGGCUGUGAAUGAUGCUGCAGUGCCAUCAGCUUGCAUGUACCAAGGACCAAAACCCAGCUAUUUUCAGACAGUUUGGGCUCAGGCCCUUUGUCACAGUAGAGAUCUUGUCAGAGGUGUGAACUACAGGCCCCACAGGCAGGUGACAUUCUCUGUGAGCUCAUGGCUUCAGGGCUGCUGACUCCAGAAAUGUUUGUAAGCUGAGAUUUCUCUCUUUAAAAGCAUAAAAAAGCAUAAAGCAUAACUGUCUCAUGCAGACCAGAGCUUGGAUGAGGGGAACUGCAAAGGUCAGGGCUGCCCUAGUCCUGCACUGAGAGCUGCUUGCUUUGCUUUUCCUCACACUGUGCUCCAGGCUGUGGGAGCUGCUUCCUGCAGUGUUCCCUAUGGGAUGGGGGCCAUUCCCUAUGGGAUGGAGACCAUUCCCAGGGCAUAGCUUGCCCAAAGAUCAGUGUUUAGCCUGGAAAACGUACCACACCGGGAUGGCACCAGGGGUUUGUGCCUCCCUGCCCCACAAUUUGGCUGAGAAGGCUCCUGCGCCCACUGAGGGCACAAAGCCAGCUCAGCCCCAAGCUGGAGGGCAGUCCCUUGGCUCUUUCCUUGCAGCCACACAGGCCUGGCCCCAAUGCCAGCACCAGCAGCCUGUGCCAGGCUCUGUCCAGGGCUGUCCCCAGCACCAGUGGGACACAGGGAGUGUGACCAGCAGUUUUCAGGCAUGUACAAUCUGGCAAAGUGGGAAUUCAGGGUGGGGGGCACAGACAUGGUGACUUCUAGGCCUUGAUCACUGUGCCAGCUCCAGAGAUCGCCCCAGUUUGUCCCUGUGGCAUGGGGACAGGCACUGCUGGCCAGUGCUGCCCUGAGGGACUGGCAGGGCUGGGAGCUGCAGGAGGCUCAGCAGGAUGCCUGCACCUCUGCAGUGAUUAUUUUUGGGAACUGCUUGGUUUUCCCAUCAGGAGCUGAUCCAGCCUGGGAACACAGCUGGCUCUGCUGGUUUACAGAUGCUUCUGCCUUCCCAGGUGAAGCCAGGCAAGGGCAGGCUGACAGGGGCUUGUGCUGCUGCCUGCUUUUAACAUUGGUACUUAAAAUUGUUCAUUUUGUAACAAUAUCAGCAUGUGGGAAAAUAUCUUGGGGUUGGUUUUUUGGGAGGGUAGAAGGGCUGCAUUUAUGUACACACUCGAACCACCUCAAAAAUAAAAACAGGUGGGAAAGGGUGUAAAAUAUUUCAUUGCAACAUUUUGUAACUUUUCAAUACGAAGUGACCUAAAUAAAAUUUUACAAAAACA